AUGAAAAUUAUAUAGUUUUUAUUAAUAAUUACAUUCGCAGCUAGACACUUAUAAUUAUUAGAUGAUUUAAAACAAUCUUCAUUUGGAUAAUCAUUAGAAUAAACUAUUUUAUUGUAAUUUCAAUAAUAUGAUACUAAGUAAAGUAGUAACAUUAGAUUGAAAUGAAUUUUGUAAGAAUUUUAUAGUAUUAUGUAUUAAGAAUAGAUUAUUGAUGAUGCUAAUUUGAAACAAGAAUAUGAUAAUUGUAAUACUAAUGACUUAUAAAAUGAAAUCAUAACAAUCAAAUAUGAAGAAUCAUCUAUAAAAUAAAAAAUGAAAUUGUUAAAUAAUUCAUUUGAAUUAUAAGUUUCUUAAAAAAAACUAAAAGAACUUUAAUUUAAUUAAGAAUAACUUAAUUAAUAUAAUAAAUAGAUAGAAAAAGAGAAAGAAAAUUAAAGAUCAAAUCUCAAAAAAUGUGAUGUAGGUGAAUUGUUACAAAUUAGGAACUAUUAGAAAAUACACAAUAUCUAAGAUUCUAAUAUGAAAAGAAAGUCUUGAAUUAACUUACAUUUAGAAGAACCAAUACUUAUUAUAUUAAAAUAGGAGAUGCAAAAUCAUAUAAAAAUUAUUAAUAAUAUGAUAAAAAAACAGUCUAAACUUGUAUUUUUAAGAAUAAUUUAACAAGAUAACUUAGAUUUAAGGUAUCAAUUAUAAAUUGA